CUCUUCGGCCCAAAAAAAAAAAAACCACCUCAAGAAGUCGAAGAACAAAGAGCUUUCCUCAACUUCUCACUUUCUCAGUUCUCUCCCUUACCAAUUUCUCCAACUCAUACGCACAGAACACUCUCACCUCUGCACCUUUUUCCUCUGUACCCACAAGAUGACUAACCUUCCAACUGCUGAAGGAUUCGAGGAGGCUCCUGAUCCACACUACAAUUAUGACCAUAGAGGUGUAAGGAAAACAAAAUGUAUCUGAAAGUACAGUUGCCCUGGAAUGUUAUAAUCCCUGCUGAAAACCUGGAUGCCAAAGGAUUGAUGCUCCAACGGUCAAUUAUUGUACGCCUGAUGGAGAACUUUGCUACCAGAAAGGCCACCAAGGACCUUGGAUAUUUUCUUGCUGUGACUACUCUGGAGAGCAUAGGAGAGGGUAGAGUCAGACAGCACACUGGAGAUGUACUGUUUCCAGUCGUUUUUAGCUGCAUCACCUUCAAGCUGUUCAGAGGAGAGAUUUUAGAGGGUGUUGUCCACAAGGUGCUGAAGCACGGGGUCUUCUUGAGAUGUGGGCCUGUAGAAAACAUUUAUCUCUCAUAUCUGAAAAUGCCAGAUUACCGGUAUGUGCCUGGGGAGAAUCCAGUCUUCUUAAGUGACAAGCUGUCGAAGAUUGAAAAAGAAGUUGUGAUCCGUUUCAUUGUGAUUGGAACGAAGUGGCUGGAGGUAGAGAGAGAAUUUCAAGCAUUGGUCAGUUUGGAGGGCGAUUAUCUUGGGCCAAUUUCUCAGUGUUAGUGAUACUCCCUUUGCAUGUGUUUGUUUAUAACCAAGUAUCUGGCAUGUUAAUAUAUGGUUCCAUUAGUGGCUGUGCAAAUGUGUUGUUAUUUAGUUAGCAGGGACCUUUCUUUGUUAGUGAUGGUCUUUUGACCACAGAAGUGCCAGUUUUCACAUUGUUUCUUUGAUGCAAACCAAGGCUAACUUCUUGUUAAGCCUUGACAGGUCUGUGCUGUGUUUUGUUUGAACCAAUAACACCAUUUUCCCAUCAAGGACCUGCUACUUGCAGUUGCAGGCAUGGAAACUUUAUUA